GUUCUGCCUCGAACAUGCAGUAUGUGUGUACUGGAAUAUAAUUAUCAACAUCUAUUUGCAGCCCUGAAAAUUAGAUUAUGGUCAUGAGGAUUUUGAGUGAUGCCGUUAAUCAGCAAUGACAGAUGAUGGCAAUGAACAAGUACAGUCCUUGUGCCAAUCCACAAGUGGAUGGAGGUCUCCCCAUUCUGUGCCGGUCAUUCUGCUUGUUUACCCAGGAAAACAUGACUUUCAAGAGGGUCCUGCCAAGUUUUCUUAUUUGGGGGCGAUGAUUGCUAUGUACUGUAUAUUCCAAUUGAAUAAUAAGGGGGUGCCAUGGUGGCGAGAUGUUAACUACCUUGUCUGGUGUACAGGAGGUCCAUCCCGAACCCUGACGCCCGUAUUUUUGGAGUUUGCAUGUACUCCAUGUGGUCGCAUGGACUUUUCUCCGGGUCCUCCGUUUUUUUCCCUGCACAUUUAGAAACAUGCGUUUUGAGUAUUUCGUAGCUAUAAAUUUGAACAUGAUAAUCCACAUACUUGAGCAAUCCGUUGUGGCCAGGUCGCUUAUGAAACAGAGUUAUAUCGCUCAAUCGGCCUUAUUUGGUAAUUUUUAAAAUUUUAUUUUAUAUACAUGCGCCAUGUGACCUUUUGUGAAUAACUUCAAAUGAUCUUUAACGUCAACUGUGAAGCGGACAUUGCGCAUGUUUUACAGUUAAUACACUCGCAGUUUUAAUCAGGACGGCUGCAUUAAAACCGUGAAACCUGCAACAAUCAGCGAACGCGCUGCCGCUGGGCGGUAUCAAUGGUCAGUGAAGGUUGGUAAAGCGUGAUCGUAGAGCAUAGACGUGGGAGCUGAGAAGCACGGUACAAAAUCGAUUUUUCUGCACUGCCCUCUGUCCACCAGGUAACGCCUCUUGAUGCAUGGUGAUCGCCCAUCCACUAUCCCCGCCCCUCUGACCUCCCUCACUCUCCACCUUCCUCUCUCAUCCCCUCCUUCCUAUUCCUCCCCGAUUAUUUCCCCAGCCCCGACUCUCCUCUUCCCAACCCCUCCCUCCAUGCGUAUCGAGCGUCGGUCUUGCGCAAUAUGCGAAGCACGUGACUCAGGCGUCACGUGAUGCGUAACCCUGGCGACGGACGCGCAGAGCGUUGGAGGCGAUACAUUGCGACGUCCUGCGACUCUGCCUGCUCCCCGUGACUCUCCCCCUGCUCCCCGUGACUCUCCCUGUGCCCCGUUUUUCCUGCUCCCCGUGACUCUCCCCCUGCUCGUGAAUCUCCAUGCGCCCCGUUUUUCCUGCUCCCCGUGACUCCCCUUGCUCCCCGUGACUCCCCCUGCUCCCCGUGACUCUCCCCCUGCUCCCCGUGACUCUCCCUGCGCCCCGUUUUUCCUGCUCCCCGUGACUCUCCCCCUGCUCCUCGUGACUCUCCCUGCGCCCCGUUUUUCCUGCUCCCCGUGACUCUCCCUCUGCUCGUGACUCUCCCUGCUCCCCGUGACUCUCCCGCUGCUCCUCGUGAAUCUCCCUGCUCCCUGUUUUUCCUGCUCCCCGUGACUCUCCCUGCUCCCCGUGACUCGCCCCCUGCUCGUGAAUCUCCCUGCGCCCCGUUUUUCCAGCUCCCCGUGACUCUCCCAGCUCCCCGUGACUCUCCCCCUGCUCGUGAAUCUCCCUGCGCCCCGUAUUUCCUGCUCCCCGUGACUCUCCCUCUGCUCGUGACUCUCCCUGCUCCCCGUCACUCUCCCGCUGCUCCCCGUGACUCUCCCCGUGCUCCUCGUGAAUCUCCCUGCGCCCCGUUUUUCCUGCUCCCCGUGACUCCCCCUGCUCCCUGUUUUACCUGCUCCCCGUGACUCUCCCUGCUCCUCGUGACUCUCCCCCUGCUCGUGAAUCUCCCUGCGCCCCGUUUUUCCUGCUCCCCGUGACUCCCUGCUCCCCGUGACUCUCCCCCUGCUCCCCGUGACUCUCCCCCUGCUCCUCGUGAAUCUCCCUGCUCCUCGUGACUCUGGGGAGCGGGUCAUGGCGGUUCGAGCUCACCCAGCGACAAGGAGUUUUGACUUCGCCUACGACCCUGUUUACACACUCUCCAGUGAAAGGGACCAGGCUCGUGUGCGACUCAUGGCUCAGACAACAAUGAAGACACUAGUGAAGGUGCCACACUAUGCCACUAUGUUCAGCUCCCUGCCGCACCGGCCUGCAUACUCGCUUCGUCUGGAGGCCCGUAUCCCGCAGCCUGCUCUCCUAAUGAUGGCACAUCGGCCAGGGAGAGAGACUAUGUGCGGCAACGAAGAAGUGAGGGGGCGGAGCCGAUAUCGAUUCUUUCAGCGGCCUCAUAUUCCCUUCCUACUGUCACAUCCCGUAGAGCUAAUCCUGCAGCAACCGCGGGCGGUGGGCGAGGAGCAUGGCGUGGCCGGCAUCCCUGCCGUACGUUCCGUGUCUGUUCAGACAGAUUUCAGGGACAGCGAGACUCAGACAGAACCGUUCUCUCCUCCCUACACCGUCCCACCCGGAGUGCCAAUGCCAGAGAUCCUCACAUUAACCGCCCUGACACACGAGCGAGGUCUGCCGGCGGGGUUGGCGGAGGUGGAAAUGAUCGAGAGGCUUCGGGCUCGGCGUGCGUGGGAGGAGUCUCUGCCGUCCUUACAUGACGCGGAGCGGAGAGACGAACGAAGGCGACUCAUGGAGGAGGCCGAGCGAAGAGAGUGGGCGUUCAGAGAGAGGGAGAUCCACCUCCUGCAGGAGGAGCGUGUGCGGGUGUUGGAGGAGUUGUUGUGGCGCCGUGAGCAUGGCCGGGCCAAUGCGAUUGCCGCUCAAGUGGAUGUGAAGAGACACGCCGAGGAGGAGCUCAGACGCGAGGCGCAGGACGUGAUCCGCAGACAACACCUGCGCUCGGUGCGCAAGCUGGUGGCGCGUUGGGUGCGAGUGGUGGAAGGAGCUGCGCCGAGCCGCGACGUUAUUCAUGAUUACACUGACCCUGCGUCACGGGCGUUCGCUCCCCUCACUCGGCUGGGACAGUUCACCAAGACCCAGCACGUGCAUCCCAUGGAAAAACAAGGGAGACCGGUGCAACCCCAGCUGCUCAACUCCUACCAUGGUCUUCUGGAGCUGGAAUCGUGUCUCCCAGCAUCCUUGUUCAGCGUCCGUGUGUCUCAGCCGAAGAUGGACCCGCGGGCUGCCCGUCAGAUGGCUGUGAUGGAUGAGGCCUACAAGGCCUUGAGGGAGCAUCGUGAGAUGCAGGUGUCACCGCCCCUGCGUUUCCAGGAGCAAGUAGAGAAACCAGAACCAAGGCCUCCCACACCAACCACUCACACAUCCAGUCAGGAGGAGGAUAAGAGGGAACUGGCCGCCAUUUUUCUGCAAAAACUUCUGCGUGGGCGGUCCACUCAGAAUGAGAUGUUUGAGCAAAAGGAGUUGAGGCUGGAGCUGAUCCGGGAGGUGCGCAGCACACAUGCGCUGCAGGGAGCAGAGCAGGCAGCAUUGCGAGCCACCAAGCAGGCCACACUUGCAUUGCAGAGACAACACGCGGUGCACCAGAAUCAGGUGGAGGAGCGCAGCAGCGCGCUGUCUGCCUGCGAGGGCUCCGCUCUCUCCCAUCUGCUGCUGCACACGGCGCAGGAGCUGGAGCGUCUGCAGGUGGAGCGGCGGCUUCAUGCCGCGUGCCUCCUGGCCGAGCGGCGGCGGCGGCGGCGCGAGGCCACUGAGGGUGGCCGGCGGCAGCACGAAGAGCGAGCGCGGCGCGAGCACGAUGAGGUCUUCAAGCAGGUUGUUGGGGUUCACCAGGCCACAGUGGAUGAGUUCCUCGAGUCUGUGCUUCUCAAUGCCAUGGAGUCGACAUCUGAGGCUCAGGCUCGGCUCGAGGUGCAGAUCUUGACAGAGCAGCUCGACGAGAUGAGCCGAGAGACACAGCACAGUCUGACUCCAGAUCAGGCCCAAGAGGUGGUGGCGGAGUUGGUUCAUGGAUUCCUCAUUCCAGAGACACAGCGGAGGGAAGUACGAGAAAAAGUGAAGGCGGCACAGCGACGCCACUUGGCAGCAGCACGUGGAGUUGUACUAGCAGCAGCCAGGAGUACAAAGCAAUCGGAGUGAGGUGGCAGACGGUGGCGACGUUAAGACGAAGAGAUCGGAGGCACUCGUAUGUGUGACUGUACGCGUGUUUGUGUUGGUUAACUAUCGGCAUACAGAGCAGCACCUGUAGUUUGAGGAUUAUCUCGGUGACCAUAUGGGUUUUCCGAGGCAAACUGGUUUCCUCCCGUAUUAGACAAACAUGUGUACCUUGCUGCUAACUUUCAGAGAAAUACAUCUAGACACAUUCACAAUACAUGUGCGUAUUCUGAACAAAAUUGCAUAGCCUAAAAAACACCAGGUGGUGAGAUUGCAUUGUCAAACGUCACCAAGUGGAUGCUAUAGUGAGCACCGUUUUGCCCUGUGUGGGGGUAAAUUUAAUCAGAAACUAGGGUUUGUAAAGUUUUUCUUAAUAUUACCCAUAACCGAAUGGACACAUUUUUGGCGAAAAACCAGUUACCGGUUUGCCGCAUACAGCAAUAUUGAGCAAUAAACAUACUUUUUUUUCCUUUUUAAUGGAGAAAUAAAGGGAGUUCCUGGGCUGUGAGGUUAGCACACUGAAGUUGCAACUUAGAGGUCACUGGUUCAAUUCGAUUUCUACACAUGACAGUUGAAACAGGGAAUGUGUUUUAAACACCCUCCGGCCUCUGUUCACUUUGCAAUAGAAGCGGGUUGACCAGUCAAUCGGCACACACACCUCCGAUUAGUGCAGUUGGCUAUAUACGGUGCAAGAGAAGUUCAACAUACAUGGUGGAGUAAAGUAUGGGUACACCCGCCUCUUCAAGACUUUUGAUUAGUGUAGAAGAGUAGGCCAAAUACCCCCUAGAGCUUCCUCUAGUGGAGGCUCUUCCACCAGCAGUGGUGUGAGUGAGCAAUUGCAGGAUUGCACCUGUAACUUUAAACAGAAAUUCUGUCAGAUUCACCUUAUGGCGGUACCCCGGGGUACCAUCGUACCCCGGCUCUCGCACAAUGUCCGUGAUGCAGUCAUUUUUAGUCUGUUGAUGGUCGGCGAUGCGGCAAUCGACUCAUCUCGACGAGCUAUAGAUGAUGCACUAUUCAAAGUUUAAUUUUUCGAUAACGGAUUUUUUUAUGCUAAUGUUUGAAGAUUCAACAUCGCAGAGUAGCACUGAUUUCGGAUUGAUUGGUACCCCAGUCGCGGAGUUAAGAACUCCCCUGGAAAAAAGUGUCCCAGAAAUAAAAUAUUUAAUUGCGUCGGCCAUUUUGUAUUAUUUGGUACCCCGGGGUACCGCCAUAAGGAUAAAAUGUACUGAGGCCACCAUACGCUUGUAUAUUUGUGUGUGCCGAUCAGUGCAUUUAUGAUUAACAUUCCACUGCAAAUAAUUACCGAUUAACGACUUUAGGAACCAGUAAUCGAUUCUGAAGAUGGUUACCAGUUUCCGAGUUGUAAAACAACCCAAGUGUUGUGGAUCAAAUGACGACACGAAGGCAGACGUUGUCGGGGCUGACGCCAACAGUUUAUUAAGGGCUGUCACCUAGCUUUUGAGGAAGGGCUAACAUAGGACUUGGAUAAGCUAAAUCUCCCCAGGGGAAAGGUACUGGGAAUCCCUACGCCCCCCCCCCCCCCAGGCUAACGGGCUCUUCCCACAGCGCUGACCAACUUGGCCAGCCGGGUAAAGUAGCCCCCCCCUAGCCUGGUGCUAUUUAUCCCCUACUCUGGGUCCCCACUUCCCUACCGCUCAUGAACCCGGCUCCUGGCGAAGACCCCGACCACGUCACAGGUCCCCCCUCAAAUACCCCGAGGGGACAUGACAUCACUCCUCCCGAGGCGAGUGUGACAUUCUGUCAUCCCUCUACUCCUCAACACAAGUAUAAAAAUGCACCGUGUAUUUGCCCAUAAAACAUAAAGGGCAAAAUACUUAAACAUCUAAAGCAGAACCCUAGUGAAGGCAAAUUGAGACUUGGUCAAGCUUCAUUGGUUAAGUAAAUGUUAUCAUAAUGCAGUACUAGGUUUUUACAGAAUUGUUCAUCAACACUAAAUGAACAAAUGACAAUUGAUAUUCUUGUAAGAUGAAGAGGGCAAGGUAAGGAACAAGUCAGGGCAUACGACAAAUACAUACGAUGCUUGUCCUGUAAAAUAAAAAGUUGAUAUAACACGA